CAUUUGUCGAAUAAAGUUCAAUUUAUAUUCGGUGACGGACUAACAAAAAUAUACAUUUAUAAAUUUUAUUGUGUUUAAAAUUAAGCAAUUUUUCUCAUUGGUGAUAUUGAUAACGUAAGAAAUUCGAUUGUGAGUUCCGUUAUACGUUAAAAAGAAAAGAUGCGGAGCAGCUUUUUACUUUGCGCUGCAAUCGCGCUUCUGGCUGGUGCUUUUCUCGUGAAUGCAACACCAAUGCUAGGAGCGAAACAAUGCACUUGGGGUCCCAGUUACUGGUGCAGCAAUUUAACUAAUGCUAAAGGUUGUCAUGCCGUGCGUCACUGUAUACAAACUGUGUGGGAAAAACAAAACGUUGAGGUCGAUGAUGAUUCCAUCUGUAAAAUAUGCAAAGAUAUGGUGACACAGGCACGUGAUCAGCUGCGCAGCAAUGAAACCAUGGAGGAGUUGAAAGAGGUGUUCGAGGGCUCCUGCAAUCUCAUACCAAUCAAAAUUGUUAAGAAGGAAUGCGACAAGUUGGCUGACGAUUUUGUACCUGAGCUCGUGGAGGCGCUGUCCUCAGAAAUGAAUCCAGAUCAAGUUUGUUCUGUCGCUGGCCUCUGCAACAAUGCACAUAUCGAUGAGCUACUGAAAUUCUAUUACCAAUCCGCUUUGGAUGGCACAUUGAAGGAAGAGGAGGAAUCUGAUGAAUCCAAAGAAUCUCAAGAAAUUGUUACGACAACACCACAACAACAACAACAACAACAACACCUAUUAACCUGUGGUAAUUGCAAUCACUUGAGCUCCUUAAUCGCUGAGAAAUUCAAUAAGGCCAACCGCGACGAAGUGCUCGAAAAUAUUUUGCAUCUGUGCGGUGAAAUGUCGUCAUUCUCUGAUGCCUGCUCCAAUAUUGUAUUGACCUAUUUUAACGACAUCUACAAUCAUAUGAAGGAGAAUCUCAACGCUUUCGGCAUAUGCCACAUGUCCGGCUCAUGCGUCGCCAAUUACCACAAACACGCUGAGGAUCCUGCAGAGCCCGUAGAUACAGUGGCACUUGCCAGUAAUUUGGGUGAUGAUAUUCCAUGUAAAUUGUGUGAACAAUUGGUGCAACAUUUGCGUGACGUACUAAUUGCCAACACAACCGAAACGGAAUUCAAACAAGUCUUACAUGGCCUCUGCAAUCAAACUAAGGGUUUCAAAGAGGAGUGCAACAGUUUGGUGGAACAGUACUAUGAUGUGAUCUACAAUGCGUUGGUAAACAAUUUAGAUGCUAGUGGUGCUUGUUUCUUGAUUGGUGUAUGUCCAAAGGGUAACGAUGAGGCUUUCAAGGGUGAAAUUAGACCAUUGUUGCCCUCGUUCCCACCAGCCGAAAUUAAGGUUACUCUACGCAAAUUGGGCGCUAACGAACCGAAAUUUACACAAGAGCAAAUACACGAGAUGGCUUUGCCAAUUGAUACACUAAUGGGCGCUGCUAAUCCGAGUUUACUAGUGGAGAAUGGCGAACUGUGCACUCUCUGUGAAUAUAUGCUGCACUAUAUCCAGGUGGAACUCUCAACACCAACCACGGAGGACAAAGUUAAAGAUCUCGUUAAUAAUGUCUGUGACCGCUUGGGUCAUACACUUCGCGGUGAAUGUCACAACUUCAUUGAUAUGUACGGCGAUGCCGUUAUAGCGCUCCUCGUCCAAGGUCUGAAUCCCCGUGAAGUUUGUCCUAAAUUGUCUAUGUGCCCAGCCAAUCAUGACAAUUUCGAUGACGUAGAGAUAUUUGCUCCGGAAACAACCAAGCCGUCAACCCAACCAAAUGUGGAGAGCGACAAACCCACUUGUCCACUGUGUUUGUUUGCUGUGCAACAAGCUCAAGCAAAAAUCAAAAACGACAAAUCAAAGGCAAAUAUCAAGAAUGUGCUAGAUCAUUUGUGUGUCCAUUUGCCCUCAAAACUUCAAACCGAAUGCGUUGAUUUUGUCGAAACUUAUUCGAACGAACUGGUCGAUAUGUUGAUCACCGAUUUUACGCCACAAGAAAUCUGUGUUGCCGUGAAAUUAUGCCCGUCAUCUGGCGAUGAAUUGGAUGAUUUGGGUAUUAUUUUGGAAGCGAAGAGCCGUGAAGAUGGAGUUAAUGAGAUCGAUAGCAACGAAUCGGUGGAAAUCGCAUUCGGUGCACCACCAAACUGUUUGUUGUGCGAGGAGUUCAUUAAAAUUGCAGAGAAGCGAAUUGGAAAACACCAAACCAAGGAUGAAAUCAAACAGGCUCUGGAUAAAUCUUGUGACAAAUUACGCAAGAAUAUACGCGAAAAAUGCCAUAAGUACGUAGCCAAAUACGGAGAUAAAAUUGCUGAUUUAAUUGUUAAAGAAAUGGCGCCGAAAGUUAUUUGCCGCGAAAUCGGCCUGUGUCUUUGGAGCGAACAAGAAGAUUUGGACAUCGAUGAGGCACUCAAAUACGACGUUGUUGUAUUACCCGAUCAAAAACUCGCCAGGCAGAAUGAUCGCCUCACCGGCUUGGAUGACAUAGUGAAGGAUCCACCAACUUGUGUGCUAUGUGAAUUUGUUAUGACCAAAUUGGAGUCUGAAUUGAAGAAUGCAACGACUCAGGAUGAAAUUAAACACACUGUUGAGAAUAUUUGCAAAAUAAUGCCGAAAACGGUGACAAAAAGCUGCACCAAAUUCAUCGAUCAAUAUAUAAACACUAUUUUAGCUUUGAUCGGCAGCGUGCCACCCAAAAUGAUGUGCCAACAAAUGCAGUUGUGUAUGUCCGGCUUGGAUGUGGUCAGCGAUGAAGUCAUUGAGUGCGGCGUUUGUCAUGGCGCUACCUCGGCUCUAUUGCCAUAUUUCAAACAGCAUUUGGAUCAUGAAUCGGUUACAGAAUACUAUAUGCUCUUGGAGGGUUGCCAAGUGCUCUCUGCCAAAUACUACGAUAUUUGCAACCGCAUGAUUAGAACUUAUGGUCAGAGCAUUCUGAAUCUUGCACGCGAUGGCGAAACUGACGAAAGCAGCAUUUGCGCCAAGAUCGGCAAGUGUUUCAGCGGUGAGAAAUCCAGCUUGGCUUUUGCCAGAGUAUCCGCUUAAGAAGUGUUUCUACAGGAGUUGCGAAGUAAAUAGAAUGGCGGUGAUGAUGAUUAAUUGUGAUGCGAUUAACUUCUUUUAACUAAUCUAUUAUUCACCUUACUUUAAAUUCUAUAAAAUGUGUGAAUUAUUAUUUUUUUAUUUCAUAUAUAUAACCAAAAACUACAACAUUUAUGUAGAAAACAGUGGAGUUUACUUUUAUAAAAAAUAAUUAAAUUUUCACUUUUGCAUAUUCACUUAAUGAAUAUAAGUAUAUUUGUAAAUUUUUCAUGCGCUAAGGUAAUGUGAUUGUAUGCGCUAUGAUGUCUCUUGGUUAUAUUUGGCUAAGAAAUACGAAGUUUGAUAAUGUUGUAGCGCCAUUUUUUAAAUAAUUAUAAUAUGUUUUUAUUGUAGUAAGCAGCAGAAUAUAAAUACAUAUACUUAUACAUACUAUAUAUAUAAUAAGCGGCACUAAGUUGAGCAUGAAAACGAAAAUGAAAACGAAAAUAUCAAUAACGAAAUGAAAAGUACUGAAGUCACGGUAAAGUCUGUAUCUCACAUUCGGUUUGAAAGAUUUUUCUAUGCUAGAUUCCAAUGAGGAAUGUUUAAUGUUAUUAGUAACAGAAAUAAAUUGUAUUUUAAAAUUCAAUAACACCAAA